CUUCGAAUGGGUGGCUUCUGGUUCGAGGUAUCCCAUGGGGCCAUAGGGCAGGGUGCUAUGACGAGUGUUGCUGCAGAAGAGGAAAUCAAGAGUAAAGGGGAAGAGGCAGUGAGAUGAGAAAGCUGGACAAUUAGACAUGAUGAGAUUGACUCUGAUUUCCCUCACCAUGUGCCUUCCUCACCUCCUCGCCACUCUUGUCUUCCAUUCUACCACUGCGGCUUCACCAAGCGCCACAGAAACAACAACAACAGCUCUAGACCUUAGUAUCAGCACUACAACAUCAGACCCCCGUAUACUUCCACUCUCCACAACUGAAAACCACCCUGGUAGGACUAGUGGCAUGUUCAACACACAAGUGAAGAAAAGCGCUAGCUUAGCAGCUGUCAACAAAUCAGGCAGAACGACUCAAGGAAGAGGCAUUCUCAGAACAGGAACUGCCACUUACGCCACCACAGCCGUACAGAAGAACAACAGGCACACAACUGCAGGAGACUUGAGGAGGGAAACAGAGAGCCACAAUCACCAUGAGACUCUUCCCUUCAGCAGACACAAAGUCUCACCCACAACUGACCACCCCAGCACCACCUCUCUCCCCGGGGAGGAAGGGACUGAGUAUCAUGACAGCAGCACCACUGAAACAGCCAGAGAACGGAGCACACCAAAUUCCAUAGAGACAUGGGCUGCUGACACCAUUAAUGACUCCAGGCUAGCAAAGCCACACUUAGACAGGUCACAAGCAGCAGACCAGCACGCUGCUACACAAGGACUAGAUAUUGCAUCAGGAGAUUACUACACAACACAGAGAGACUUCUUCACAAACACCCCAACUAGUAGAGUGACAGGUUUGAACAGGGGUAAACAAAGUAAGGCCAACAGCUUCACAACAACAACAACGUUUUCACCUACGUACCCAGUCACACAUCCUGGUUUGUAUGAGCACAUGACUGUGACUUACAGGGCUACCGGCUACAAAACACAACCUGACGACACAAGCCAGUCUAUGGACGACCAGGACCACACCACAGCCACAGUUUCAAUCCCCCAUGCUGACAAUAGGACAACUCCAGAUGCCAAUGCAAACACGUUUACAGAUAAUGACACAGACAACUACACAGACACACGUUCAUACAGUAAUACCACAACCUCUAAUAAUCGUAACACCACAGUACUUUUGAAGAAGAAAACUCAUUCAUUCAGACACAACCACACCAUCUCAGGUUAUAACAAUAGGCUGAACAACACAACUGAAAACACUGUGCAUGAUCGCCCCGAGUGCGGAGAGGCAGACGAAAGGUCCCUAUCGUUGCUUCCUGGCUCUACUAGACUGGUCUGUUUCAUUGUUCUGUGUGCUCUGGGAUUGACUGCUUCUGUCUUCCUUGGGCUCACUGUCUUCCUGUGGGUGCGUUUGUCAGUCCAGAGAGAGAGGGAAAAGAGAGUGAGGAGAGGAGGAGAGGAGGUGUCAGGGGUGGAUCUGGAGAACCUGUGGGUUGACCAGAUGUCAUCGGUGGAGGAAAGGGUCGAAUUCUGGUACACCAACGGCUCCACCAUGGGACCCGACCAUAAACGGAGGGAGAGAGGGAGAGAGAGGGGGAAGGAGAGGGGGAGGAGGGAGCAGGGGAGGCAGAAAGGGGUAGAGUGUGACAACCUGUGGACUCAACCCAAAGUGACACUGGAGGACAUCACUGAUUUCUGGUAUGCAAAUGGAAGAGCGAUACCAGAAGAAACUACAGACCAAACGUUGUUGGAGACCUGCGUAUGAUUCUGUUUUUUUUGUACUACAGUCCUACAAUUUCCCUAGAAUUACUAGAAUUAUUUUACCAAUUCCAUGGCAGAUUUGAACACUGUAAUCCUGACCGAGUUUAAACAUUUCCAAAAUGAAUUGGUAAUCUGUAUGUUUAUUGGCUGUAACAAAAGUAUAAGAUCUACAUAAGUCUACUGAAAGAUAGAUUAAGCCUGGGUCUGAACAGAGACAAAGAAGAGGACAGAGAGAGAGAGUUUAGAACAACAUGUCUAACUGGAAAUAACACUUGAUAAGAGAGUUUCCAUUUCAAGACAAUUCAGACCCGUUAGAGACACAUCAUCAUCGUGUGUCAGACAGCAACGAGGAUAUAGGUGCCAUUUCUACAAACACACGGACACAAAUACGGUUGACUCCUAAUACCGUACAUGCACUGUUAUUAGGAGCUAGUCAAAUAAUUGUAUUUAUUUUUUAUUUGACCUUUAUUUAACCAGGUUGGCUAGUUGAGAGCAAGUUCUCAUUUACAACUGCGACCCGGCCAAGAUAAAGCAUAGCAGUGUGAACAGACAACAACACAGCCAGAGAACAUGGAGUAAACAAUAAACAAUAAAACACGGUAUGCCGUCUACGAUCAGCAUAUCCCAGGCAUUUUAACUGGGUUUCUCAUAACCGGGACACAAGCUUAUUUGGGUUAUUGUAAACGGGAUAUGAUGCUAAUAUCCCAAAUAGUGAUGGAAUAUUGGUGUGCCUGUGAACAUGGUAACUUAUCAGGAAUCGACUAUAGGUCUACCUCACAAUUGAUAGUGGAUCCGGCCAUUUGAUCAAUAAUGUAUAACUGUAAUGUUUAAUACAGUAGAAAAUACACCCUUGUAGAAUUUAACACCUAACCAGCUGAAGUUUGACAUAUAACGUCCCAAGACAUGAGAUGUAUUUUUUAAUUACAUAAUCAAAUGGAAUUUAUCAUCAUACUCUCUCUACUUUGAAUUCUCAUGUUUUGACAACCUACGCCCUUUGACUGCCUGCUCCCCACACACACGCACACACACACACACACCGUCAAACAAACACACAUCCAAGUAGGCCUGUGUGUAGGCGUGCAAACACACUCUGUGGCUCAAACAUUUCAACACACACACCUUCUCUUUGUAGGACCAACUUCUCAUUUUUCCUCGAGAAAAUAAGCACAUGACGCAAUAAACAAAAUGAAGCUACUCUUAAGUUAUUUGGCAUCUCUCCAACCCCACCUCUUUUGCAGUUAACAAAACUGUUUUACAAAGAAUUUGAUACUCUGAGGGGAAGAGAAAGGGAGGGGGAGAGAAAGAAGGGAGUGAACAGGAGGGAGCGAGCGAGCGAGAGAAAGGUGUUUUGGACAUGUACUAGUGCACGAGAUGUCAUUCACACAGUACAGGAGUUAAAGCAUGUGCCUUUAAGGUGGAUUCACAAUUCCAAUCCAAUCGUUUUCUCCAUGCAACAUGUGGGUCUCAUGCUUUUUUUAGUUCACCGUCGCUGCCAUCUCUCACGCUACCCUUGAAAUAGACAGCUGAUAUACAGAAAAGUAGAGUGAAGUGCAGGGGAGGAGGAAAGCUGAAGUGUGAGAGAGGAAGAGAAGGGCUGUGUCUUUCCGGUCUAUUUGCACCCAAGGACACCCUAGUGAACAACAAGCCCAGCAACCAGGAGAGACAGCAAGAGAACAAAAGUUUGACUAUGUAAGAGCACUUCAUAUGCCUAACACUCAGUCAAACCUUAGAUUAUUUAACAAAGGCAAGGCCUGAAAGAAAGCGGAAUUCCGAGAGCAGUGAAGAUCAAAGCCUGACGAUCGUAGUCAGACCAAGGACCCCGGUACCUGAUAGACGGAUACCGCUUUUCUUUUCUAGGGUGUACAUUUUUCUGCUCUAGACUUGUAAAACAAACCUCCAAUAUCUUUCAAGCCACAACACUGUCGCUGAUGCACCUCAGAAAGAGGAAGACAAACGUAAUCUGAGAGAUCAGCAAAACCCUUUAGGGACAGUUGACCUCUGUGACCCCUCUCACUUCUUGCCCAGUAUGGAGCGGAUACGGCUGAUGCUUGGGGCUCUGCUCCUCUCCCUCUCUCUGCCCAGUCUCCCUGCUCAAGAUAAUGUCACUGUCACUGUACCUGAGAAUGUCACGAUGGCAGCACCUAUUAAUGAGGAAGUCACGAUGGCAGCCUCUACAACGGAGGCCACCAUAGAGACAACGUCUGUUCCUGUGGUCAUCACUAGGGCACAGCCUGACCCUGAAAUUAUCACCCCGGUAACUGCUACUCCGAAAGUAACUUCUGUUUCAGGACCUACCACCGAUGCCAUCACUAUGGUAAUAACAAACCCUGAGAUCAUCAACGUUCAGGAGUCCACAUCUGAUGCACCAACUACUACUUCAGAGGCUGAGACGAUGACACCUUCCCCAGUGACCACUGAAGGGCCUAUAGAUACGACCACUCCACCUGGCCCUAAACCCACCCUCUCCCAAGACGUCCUUACAACCGCCUCUUAUCUCCCAACCACUUCCCAGGACCACCUGACUUCUGUUAUCCCAGUCUGGCCCCUCCACACCACCCCUCGUCUGACGGAGGACUCCACUUACACACCUGAACUUACACCUGCCUCAGAGAUUACUGUCUGUCACACAGAGGGACUUACCACUGCACCCACCUCCCCAUCGGUCAAUGCCGCCCCUGGCCAUGCCACGACCCCCACUACCACCCACACCUCCACAGAUCCAGACUCUACGGUGGCUGGGGUCAGAGUGGAGACAGGUCAGCCCAGCUUGUUAUGGGUCAUCAUCGUCGCUCUUCUGAUCGGGGUUAUAUUCACGGGCGUGGUCUACUGUGUAUGUCUGGUCAUCAGACGAAAGAGGCAGAGCCGCACCGAGCACUUUGUGUCCAGCUUCCGGAACGGGAAGAGUUCCAAGCGGAAGAAAGGAGCGGAGGAAGACGCCUGGGCAGGGCCAGUGAAGCUAGGGGGUGGGGACAGGGAGGAGGAUGAGGGUGGGGAGGAGGGAGGGAGCCCAGAGGACAACAAGAGAGAGGGGGCUGGAACGGAUGUGGUACUGAGCACAUUCAUAGCCAACGAGACUGAGGGAGAGAGGGGUGGGCCUGAUGGGGGAGUAGGAGUGGCUGGGAGCAAGGAGGCAGAGAAAUGGGAGGAGAAGGAGCCUCUGCUGUACAUUGAUGAGGGAGUGGAGGAGGGACAAGAGAGGAUGGCUCCUCCUUCACUUUCAAAAUCAAACCCAGAAAAGACAGGAGGGGAAAGAGGAGAGGGGGAAAAUGAAAAAGAAAUGGAGAGGGGAGAAGGGAAUGGAAAUAAAUCAAAUUAGAGUGAAAGAGGUAAGAAGAAUGGAGGAGCGGCAUUCUGUCUAACAGUUUAAAAAUAGAAGAGUUUUCCAUAAAAAGUUUUUCUAUGUGAUAAUGUAAAAGUUACAAAUAUGUUUGUACUACUGAAAAGGCCUUUGACAUUGUAUGUAUCUGUGAUUGUGUGCUCUGUCAACAUAACUCAGGGAAGAUAGAAGUGGUUGUGUGUAUGGUCAUAAGUUUUACCCUUGGUAUUUUGUAUGCUGUUUUGUCUUAAAAAUGUUUUGUUUAAUAAAGUUCUAGAUGUGCAUGUUCUAGAAUGAAGGUG